AUGGUGCAGAUUGAGCAGAAGCUUCUUUACACGACGCUCGAGCUCGAAAAGCUGAAGUCAGAGGCCGAAAACGAGACGCGUAAAACCAAGGAAUACAUCCACCAGCUCAUCCACCUCCUCCGUUACGCGCUCAACGAGCGAGACGAGGCCAAAAAACAGCUGCACGACCUCCAGAGCACUCUCACCGCCAGCAAGGCAAACUCCAGCAUAACCGAGUCCAACAGUCUCGGUUACUCCCCUAUAGAGGAGUUUCCGAGCCCUGUCACCCAUGAUGCGGAUAUAAGUGCUGUUGUUUUGAAUGGCAAUCCGCCAGUUUUGGCAGGCCCAGGCCCAGUUGGUCUUGACGGACGGGCCCUGCCCCAGAGGGGGAAGUUCUUGGAAGCUGUGCUUCGGGCCGGCCCACUCCUUCAGACACUGCUGGUGGCAGGCCCAAUGCCGAGAUGGAGGAACCCACCACAGUAUCAGAUGAUGCAGCUGCCAUUGCCGCUGGCAGUGGAAGGUUUGAGUUAUAGGCCCGGCCCGAACUCAGGUCCUGACCGUUGCUCGGUUGGGAUGAAUGGUCUGAUGAUGGGUUAUGCGGCUACAUCUUUGGCCAAUGGGCAGAGGUUCAGUUGA